GUCACUUCGUGAAGUGAGUGAAUUGAGUACGAAGCUCGAAGAUUUCCGCAGGGACGGGGAAGAAAUCAAUCGGGUGAGUGUCGAUCGUAACGCUCUACAGUGCGAUUGUAGAUUGCUGGCUGUCGACCAUGCUGCCUUACCCAUCGAAAUGAGAAAAAAAACCAAAAAGAGAUCGACGAAUCUCAAUCAUCUGUGCGAUUUCACUACCAGCACCUGGCAUACUCUGACGAUCAAUAACUAGAACCGUAAACCGAGAAAGGCGGGUUGAAGAUUAUGGGAGACUGAUCGAGAUACUUCCGAUGAUCUGUUCUCCGCAAGGAGUGUUGCAGGUAUAGACAGUCUUCAAAUUCUAGAUUUGCAACAACGAUGAAGGGGUUCAUGUCUUCACCGAUGUCCAAACAUACUUUACUUGGAGAACUUCUGUCUUUGGGGAUCGAAAGGACCACCACAGGGUGUUUGCAAACUAGUGGUCCAUAACGUCAAUUGAUGACUGUAGUGGCAUAUGAGUUCUUCCGUAAUCCCUUAAAGUUUCGCUUGCGGAGCUGUGGGAUUAGGAACAAGAGACUGGAGGUAUGGCAUUGCGUAGGCAAAGCACGAGUAGUACGGUCACCUCCAGAAGCAAUCCUGGGAUGUCCCAGGGAGACGAAGAUGGAGGACAGAAACAGAACAAGCCGCUGCAGGAAUGGCUGGAGGGGAUAUCAGAGAGGAUGAUGAAGCGUAUAGAUACUGUCGGAGAUGAGGUUCAAAAGAUCGUGGACGAAAUGGGUGCAGUGGAGUUAGAUCUGAAGAACACAUUCAACAGUUUUCGAUGUCUUUCAAGCACACAAUUUGUUGAAAAUCGUGUGUAUGAAGAGGACGAGACAGAAUCAGUUAGAGCCGAAACUCCUGCCAAAGAUUCUCAGCAUCCAUUUGCGCCUACGGAGAGCUAUGAGGAUGAGAUCCUACCACGUUACAGGGAUGCCGUGUCAACCGCUUGGGCAACUUUCCAAGAGAUCAGUCACCAACAUGAUCAGGCAUCCCGCAGGCUUAGGUCUCGAAACAAAGUGUUGAGAAACUUGGAUUAUGAUGGACAUCUUCAUCUUGUACCCCAUAUUAUAGGAACCGAUGAGUUUGCACGAGACGCGCAAUGUGGCCUUGCAGAUUUAAGACACAAGCGUCCAAUAGUUGAUGGGUUUGAGGUAGACAGCGACACCGAGAGAGAAGGGGCCGAUUUGGCUGCAGAACUUGUUGGUGCGGGGAGUGUGUCUGAAGGCGAAUGGUCCGACCCUGAAAGCGAUUUGGGUGAUCAGGGAGAUGGUUUCGAACCUGCCGUGUCUGCCGCUCUGGAUUUCAAGGCCAUGCUUGAAGCGGCUCUUCGGAAUCCAUCCUUGCCAUAUGAUGGUAAUACAUCCACCGAAGAUGUUGACAUGUAUGGACAAGGAAUUGACAACGACUACUUCCUUUCGAAUGUAACCAUUGAUAAUUAUUACGGUUCUCCCAGGACCAUAUCAAGGACGGUGGAGACUGGAGAUCACCGUGCGAGCGAUGACACAACUGCGAAUAAGGAUACACGUGACCCUGGCGAUUGGCAGCUGACAGCGAGUCAUGUUCCUGCAAAUAUUGCGGUUCAAACUACAGCAGAUUCUUUGGAUAACAUCACUUCACAGCCAUUGCAGCCUGGUCGAGCUGAGCAACCUUAUAGAGAUACAAUGGAAGAGCUUUUGAAGAAGCCGUUUAUGUUGAAGACUCAAAAUCCAAUGGAGGAGGAUAAGUUGAAUAAUUCAGAGACAAAUGUGCCAGCUGAAUACAACAGCUUAUCGAACCUUCCGUAUAUACCGGGUGGGUUGUUUGACGACGACGAAAGCGAUACGGUGUCUAUCGUUGGAGAAUUUGCCAAUGUUAGUGACAGUAACACAGAACCCACGAUCCCCGAAGGACUGUUUCAAAGGCAUCCACCUCCAGGUGCAGCUGAGCCUAGUCAAGAACAAGCUCGAAGUUCCAGUACUGUGGAUCACUCUACGUCUCCUUUACUGGUGCCUCCGUUCACAACUGGAAGGCAGCCCUCCAACGUAGACAUCACUUCCUUGUUCAAAGGUCAGGACAACAAAGGACCUACGAAACUAAAGAUUCCAGAUUCCUCAUCCUCACUCGGGAAUACGGAAAACAUCUCUAACAGGUCAAACACUUCGAACGGCUCCAGGGGACAAUUUACUUCUCAAUCUAUCGUUCGACCCCAAGUUCGUGGAGGCUUGUUCGAUGAUAGUGACGAUGAUGAAGAAGACACCGGGAAUCUUUUUGGAGUGACAGAUUCUGGCAUCGACAGUCAGCCUGGUUUGAGAACGUGGACCUCUGCCAGUAGCAAAGGCCUCUUUGACGACCUUGAGAAUGAGGAUGCCACAGACCAAAACCUGUUCAGACAACCAUCAGGGUCUAGUCACGAAGGCCGGAACAACGACGAUGUGUCCUCCGUAUUACGCAAGGUCAUGAUACCAGGGCCAGCCACAGGCCGUUUACCUCAGAGGCAAUCUUCUUGGUCUAGUAAUUCCGAUGGUUCUUCCGAUCCCCUACAGAAACAAAUCUCUGGUUCUAGUCCUUCCCCAAGUGCUUCGGACCGCAACCUUAGACAAUCUCUCAGUUCUAGUCCCUCAGGAAACACACUUCAGAGCAAGCCGAAAAUAUCUUCUAGUUCUAGUCUUUCUGAAAGCUCUCCUGAUCCUCUCCAGAGACAAUCUCUCAGUUCUAGUCCCUCAGGAAACACACUUCAGAGCAAGCCGAAAAUAUCUUCUAGUUCUAGUCUUUCUGAAAGCUCUCCUGAUCCUCUCCAGAGACAAUCUCUCAGUUCUAGUCCCUCACGAAAUGCACCUGAGAGCAAGCCGAAAAUAUCUUCUAGUUCUAGUCUUUCUGAAAGCUCUCAUGAUUCUCUCCAGAGACAAUCUUUAAGUUCUAGUCCCUCACGAAAUGCACCUGAGAGCAAGCCAAAAGUAUCCUCUAGUUCUAGUCUUCCUAGAAGCUCACCUGAUCCUCUCCAAAGACAAUCUCCGAAUUCCAGUCCCUCACGAAAUACUCCUACUCGAGACCCAAAACCAUCUUUUAGUUCCAGUCCUUCUGGAAGUUCACCUGAUCCUCUACAGGGACAGUCCCCCGGUUACAAUCUUACUGCAAGUAAACAAGAUCGCAUUCAUGAACAGGUCUUCGAUCCUACUCUGUCCGAAAGUACCAUAGAUCGUCCUAAAAAACCGUUUUCUGGCACCAAUUUAUUUGGAAGUUUUACAAGUCCCACCCAAACGCAGCCUUCUCGUUCCUCUUUAGUUGAGAGCGUUCUAGAUCGCACAAGCAUAGACUCUAGUCCUGUAAAAUAUGAGUUUAAGGAGGAUAGUGGUGAAGACAAACCUGUUGAACCUCAUCCGAGUCUUGAGUCCUUGCUGGCAGCUGGUAUUAGGCCAACUGUCCAUUCAGCUGUAGACUCUUCAGAUGAUUCGGAUGCUUGGUCGAGGUCUGAAAGUGGUGAUGAGGGUGAUGGUGAUGUUGACACGUCUAGCCGAGGAAAGCCAGACUCACCAAAGUCAUAUAAGGGUUUCGGAGCCACUGCAGAAAGUUUUGCAUCAAAUUAUGAGGAGAAGAGUUUAUCGGAUUCUGAUGGGGCCAAGCAGCCAGCAGCAGAACCUACUGUCCAGCACAGCAGAUCAUCUUCGGUAGAAACUGCCUCUAUGGUCUCCGUCCCGGAGUACACAUUAAAAAGUCCUUUAUUUCCUCUUCGAUCCCAUGAUAGUUCUGCAUCAAGUCCCUCAAGGCCAAGAAGAACUUUCUCAGACUUACAGGAUUUGGAGAUGCCAGAGGAACAACCUCUCAAGCCCCAGAGUCCUAUUGAGGAGGCAAUUAGACCAACUUAUGCAUUCAUCGACAGAAGAACAAAUCUUGGUGCUUCCAGUAUCACUGAUGAUGAUGCAGGGAAAUUGACUCACACGACAUUAUCACGGCCCUUGGGCCCUGCGAAGCGUAGGGCUCCUUCACCUAUCAAACCUUUGAAGAGUACACAAAGUUUACCUGUUCAAAGUCCACCGCGACAGAUUGACACACUCCCAAGGAAUGUAUCACAAAAUGUAUUCUCAGGCCGUGAUCUGACUGCUCCUAAAAUUGACAUCGGACGGUUAACUACUGGACGAGCAUUUACCUCUCUUUUUGACGAGGAUGAUGGCGAUGACGAUCUGUUUGGUUCAGAGCUCCCUCCAAAGCAGAGCAAUUUGCAGAUAGGCCCAAAACUUCAACAGACCAAGUCACCUCUGGAUCUACCUGUUCCACAGAACAUGACACGAGAUGAAGUCAAGGGACCUUUUCCUACUGUGAAGAGUAGUAGGUCUCCUGAAGAUCUCUUCCACACCAGAGAACGAGAUGAACCUGCGGAAGUUGCUUUGAAGCCAAAGUCUCCUUUAGAUCUCUUCCAAACCACAAGGCGAGAUGUUUCUAAGGAAGUUGCUCACCCGGAGAGGAGCAAAAUGCCUCUGGACCGCAAUGUGGAUCUCCAAACAACGACGGCUCGAGACAUAGAGAAGGAAGAAGAUCCUUCUCCAGCGAGGAUUCGUUCACCAUUACCGUCCAGGGUUCCCACUGCCUCACCUGCCAAGAUAUCUGGUCUUAAAGCAGAGGAUGCUAAGGCACCUGCGGGAAGACCUGCGUCGAGAUUAUCAUCUCUUCUAUUCGGUGAUGAUGAUGAAGAUAACGAGGAUGCAUUGUUCGGGCCACUCCAUGAGAAGUCUUCUCGGGGAAGUAAAGAUUGGUUAGCAUCAUCAUCGUCUUUCAAUCCAGCUAGGCCGACAUCGUCUUUCAAUCCAGCUAGGCCGACUUCAUCUCGACGCACCUCUGGAAGUUCUUUGUUUGAUGAUUGAUUGUGUAUGCUCUGUAUCUAGAAUCAAUUAUUUGCCGACCGGGACUCGGCGACUCUUGACUCAGUAAUAAGUGAAUUGAAGUAGAGUGAAGUUAUUUGACGAUUAAAAAUCCAACUGCACGCUGAAUCAGUGUGGCUUCCAUAUCACGUCGGCUCGUUCUGAGCACCUGAUUUCUGUCCAUGAAACAAGCACCUCAUGUUGCGAAUUCUGAAGUAUCUGUUGAGGUAUGAAGUAAACCGCAGUUUUGUAGGCUUUUGUACAGUUCAUAUGCAUGGUCCUGGAAGAAUGUAGGAUCUUUCAUGCCUAUUAUUUUUUCUGUAUUUCAUCACGACGGAGUAUGUACGAUAGAUAGUGCCUAGUGCGCCAGCUGAAAUUCAACGAACUUCAGUAGAAGGUGAGCUUUGAGAAGUACACUGGUAGACAGCUAUAUAGUACCUUUAAAUUUUAUCAUCAAAUCAUAAUCACGAAGCUCAAAGCUCGUACAUCCACUGUAUAUGGAACGAGUUAGUUGGUUGUGAUCUGCAUUUUCAGUACUGCUCUCUUGGACUUCGAGUUGAUUCGUGAUCGUUUAGCUUCAGUCAAGUAGGCUGUCUCCUUCACUCCAUAUGUGACAUUCUCCAACAGUGUGCGGGCCUUAAUUAGGACUAAUCACAGUUUAUGGAGGCUUUAAUGAAAUCUUGUUCUCGGUCGAAAUAAAUCAAUAUUUUGUACAUC